UGUUUCUGUUGUCUAUUGCGUGACGUGAAAAGUCAUUUUCUUGCAGUCAUUUCAAAACAUUUUUAUAAAUUCAAAAUUAAUUUAAUUUUUAGAACUUUUAAUUAAAACUUACUGACUGAAAAGUCUGAUCGAAGUCUUAACAUUAUAAUAUUAAUUGAAAGCCAGUGCCAGUUUAUUACACUUUUGUCUCUGUAAUAUUCAGAUUGCAAAAAAUGAGCACAAUAAAUCGCAGAAGUGAAUCCCGUGCGCCUCAAGUUCAAGGUGAUAUUCAAGAUUGCUCUGUUUCAUCCACGUCUAACAUAAGACCAAGAAAUCGUAACCUCAGAACUGAUUGCAUUGGACUGUAUUAUCCCAUCCUAAACAUUUCAGCUACUACAGAUGUCUCAAAAACAGGAUUAUCAACUUCCAAAUCACUUAUUCUUGUAGCUAUAAUUUUUAUAACAUCAUUGAUAGCAUUGGGACUUUUAUACAAACAAUUUCCAAAACUAGAAGAGCAUGAGAAACAACAUAUAAAACUACCCUGGGAUCUGGAGGAUGCUAAACAGUUAGGUCUUGUUUUAGAUCGCUACAAGGACAAGUAUUUCUAUGAAGUGUUAUUGGGAGUAUUUCUAGUUUAUAUAUUUUUGCAAACAUUUGCAAUACCCGGAUCAAUAUUCCUGAGUAUACUGUCAGGAUUUUUGUUCCCAUUCUAUUUAGCGUUAAUUUUAGUUUGCUGUUGUUCCGCUGUUGGUGCAAGUUUAUGUUUCUUUUUAUCGAAUCUACUGGGGAAGAAAUUAGUCAGAAGAUUCUUCCCUGAGAGAGCCGCACAAUGGUCCAAAGCUGUUACCAAACAUAAAAACAACUUGCUCAAUUAUAUAAUAUUUUUGAGAGUGACACCAUUUUUGCCAAAUUGGUUUAUUAAUAUGUCUGCACCAGUUAUUGGAGUGCCAUUAAUACCAUUCGCCUUGGGGACAUUCAUUGGAGUGGCACCACCAUCGUUCGUAGCUAUUCAGGCUGGUCAAACUCUACAUACGCUAACGUCAACCAGUGAUGCCUGGUCUUGGACCUCAGUUACCAUGCUGACCCUCUUUGCUCUGAUCUCACUAGUCCCUGUAUUACUUAAACAGAGGCUAAGAGAGAAGUUUGAAUGAAUUCACUUAUUUAUUUCUAGUUAAUUUAUUUUAGAAAAUAUAAUUGGGUAUUAAUUAGUAAGUAAUAAUAAAAUAAAAGUAAUGGUAUGUAAUAAAAGUUUUGUACAUUCCAUGAAAGUCUUUUUAAUAAUUGAUUGAAUACAUUAGAAUCUAUUUUUUUUAACAAUAUGAGCCUACAUGUGC